AUGGCGACAAACUCUGAAACUGCUGACAGUUGGAAUCAAUCAAUAACCCUGACGCUUAUAUCGACAUCACAGGUCACUUACGAUGAUCUGGAUCUCGCCGUAUCCUGCACGUUUCAGGUGUCUCGCGCAAUAGCCUCAGUGGAGGACGAUGUGUUGCCGAUCCGGGGUCCAUACGAGAUAGAUCUAGUGCUCUCGUUGGCACCGAGUACGCCGAUCAAGCUCUAUCGUGUAACCCUUCGCGCUCUACAGGAAGAAGUGCCAACUGAGGGUCCAGAUCCUUGGGCAGAUGCGAUCAUCGAUAGAGGAAGUGACAGGGGUUCCAGUCCAAUGAGUGAGAUCGGAGAGCUAAUCAGCGGUGAUACAAAAUCUUUUCCGAUAUGGACAGGGUCGGUAUCGGGCGCCUCGGAUCGAACAACUCUAUUGAACAGUUCCUGGUCGCAGAUAUUGACAACAAUUCACGACAACGCACCCUCAGGCGCUAACUUAAAUGUCUCUGGCUCCAAUGGCACUAAGGGUAGAGAUGAUAGCUACAAGCUCCCUCACACCCAAGCCCUCACUGUGUCGCCUAUCAAGGUCGAAAACCGAACCAACGGCGAAAUCAUCGAUAUUCAUUUUGAGAUCGAAGAUACCGAGGAUGGAAUAGAGGCCUUUGAGUCACGAAUCACGGCCAUACUGCAGAUUGACAACGAUGGAGAGGGACUUCAAACUGGCGACCCGGCAGGAGCUCGUCAAAUCAACUUCGAAUUCGUUUUGUGGGCAAUGCCAGAAAGAUUCAUUUCACUAGGCGGCACUGAUCCAGUGAAGAUAUUGAGAACUUUCAAGGUCUUAUGUCCUCCUCAGGCUAGUACCACAGUGUGA